AAAUACAUUUGUAAUUGAGAAUAGAAAACCAGAGGGUGGUAUACUAAUUAAUUAAAUGAUUAUAUUGGAAGAUACACAUAAAACAGAAGCUACCAAAUUAGUUUUCACUUUACUCAAUAAAAUAAAAGUAAAAUGGUUCAACUUUAAUCAUAUCAGAAUCAUGUAAUGUUAGGCUUUUCCUUGAUGCAUUGUAGGUGCAAGAAAAGAAUAUAUACUUUUCCCAUGUAUUAAUACUAACUACACAAUAGAAGUAUCAUUUCUUCUAUUUCUGGUUUAAAUAUUCAAUCUUAUGCAUGCCCUUGUAAGAAAAUAUUAUAGCAGCAACAAAUAUGGAGCUUGAAUUAGGACUCAAAAUCACUAAAACAAGAGAUGACAUUACCUCCAUCUCUCAGUAUCAGUUAGCCAAGGAUCGAACUGGACCGGUUUUCGAGUCUAGAGAAACAAACACCAUGUUCAUCCUCAUUGCUCAUCUUAAAGGUUAUACGAGGAAUAAUAUUGACAUAAAGAUUAGUGAAGAUGGUAGUAAGAUAUCAAUUAGUGGAGAGAAGCCAAUUCAGGAAAUGAUGAUGAUGGGGUGGGUAAUGCUCAAGAAAGAUGUUGAGAUUACACAGUUCAAUAAGGCCUUCAAAAUUCCUGAAGGGGUGGUUUUGGAUCGGAUCAAAGCGAAGUUUGAUGAAGAGGAAUCAAUAUUGAAGAUUGUAAUGCCGAAAUCCUUGAAAGGGAUUUGUGGGGCUAGGAUUGAAGAGGUCAAGGAAGAUGAAUCUGAUGGAGAGAGAUCAGAAUUAGAGAAAAGUGAAGCUGAUCACAUUUUCAAUAGCACUGGGGAGACAAGUGAAAGGGGAUUCAGAGAACCUGAAGUUCAAGAAAUGGAGGACAGUGAAAGUGUUAUGGAGAAGGAAGAAGUGUUAUCCAAAAAGAUAGAACAUGAAGCAAUGAAGGAAUCAGAUUCAGAGCAAAAUGUAGGUGCAAGUAUCCCACAGAACGUUGUGGAUGCAAACCAUGAUGAAGAAAGUGUGAGAGAAAAGAGCAAAAAAUCAGAAUGUGAAGCCAUCAAGACAUUGGAGCCUGAGCAAAAUGUAGGAGAUCAUAUUCCACAGAGCAUAGGAGAUUCAAGUCAAGAAUUUUCUGAAGAGUCUGCGGUUCAACAAAUGAAAGAAGCUGAUGUUGAAAAGAUGCUUGAUAAGGCCAAUGGAUUUUCUCAGGACAAGCAUGGAGAGAGGUUAGAGAAAGAAUUUGAAGAACUUAAGUCUGAAACUGAAGGUGUUGAGGAAGUUAUUAGUAUGGAAAGAUUUGAAGAAACAAGAACAUCAGAACUGGACAAAACUGAAAGUUUUGAAGAGACCAUCAAGAAGGACAUGAAAAGGCCUAAGAAUGAAACUGUCGACGAUGGUGAUGAUGAAUGUGAACAGAGAACAGAGAAAGCUAACAGGAGUAUUGAGGAAAAUACCUUAAAUGAGACCUCAAGAAAGGAAGAUGAGGAGUCUGACAAUAAAAGAAAGGUCAAAGAUCGAUCAUAUCUGCCGGACAUUGUUGUCGAAGGAGUAUUCGAUGCAAUGCAGGAAAAGGUUCCCAAGAAGGUGGCAGAGGCAAUGGCCCUAGGAGAGAAUGAAAAACCUGGAUAUGGUGGUGUAGUGAAAUUGAAAGAAGAGGGAUCUAUAAGGAUGAAGUUUGAAGCAAAUAAGGUUGUUGAGGAAGACAUAAGUAGGGACAGAAAUGAACAAGUUAGAGUGCCAAAAAUGAAGUCAAGAGAUCAACCAAGUGUGAAAGAGAAUACUCAUGAAGGAGGACUACAUGGAAGCGAAACACAAGAGCUUCCGGAGGGAGGGAAAACUAAACAUUUCAAAGAAGAGGGUGCGAAAAUUGAAGAGUCUGUUAAGAAAGUGAAUGGAGAGAAAAAUGGAAAGAUUGAAGCUGAAGCAAAUGAAGGUUUAAGGAGAGACUUGACAAGGGAUACAUUUCAGCAAGAAAUAGAUGAUCCUGAUAUUCAAACUAAGGAAAGUGAACAAAUUCUACAAGAAUCGAGGGGUAAAGGAGGCUUUGAAGCAAGCAUGGCUGAAAUAAAAGAUGCAGCAGAAGUAAAAGAAGAGCUGGUCAAGCAGAAGCGUGAGGCAAAGGUGGGGGAGACAGAAGAUGCCGAAGAUGGUGCGAAACUUGAGCUGCCUAUGAAGAAGGUGAAAGGAGAGAAACAUGAAAAGAUACAAGAUGAAACAACUAUGAAAGGAACAAAAGAGCCUGAGAUUCAAAUUAAGGAAAAAGAUCAACAAUGUGUGCUGGAAAUGAAUAAGCGAAUGCUUGAACUAAGCAUGGCAACAAUUGAAGAAGCAAAGGAAGCAAAAGAAGAGUUCAUCAAACAGCAGAGUGGGGAAAAGAUGGAGGAACCUAAAGAUGUCAACAAUAAGGGUGCAACAAUACAACAAUUUGUGGAGAAAGAAACAGGGGAGAAACAUGAAAAGACACAAGUUGAAGCCAGUGGGGAUCUGAGGGAAAAUAUAACAAAGGAAUCCAAGAUUCAAUCUGAAGAAAAAGAUCAACAAAGUCUACAUGAUGCGAUGAGCGAGGAAAGAUUUGAAGCAAGCAUAACAGCAAGAGAAUUUCCUCUGCAGAAGAAUGGAAGGGAAGGACCAAAUGUUGAGUCCACAGAAAAAGAGACAACUCAAGAGUCAGAUAGUGAAAGAAUAACCAAGACUUUUCAAGAAGUAGCCAAGGAAAAAAAUCCAAAAGCAUUUCUUGUAGGAACUGAUGAAAGAGAUGCGAAAGUAUUAAAUAUGGGAGUUAAAAAGACUGAACAAGGGAGUGAAAAGAAACAUGACACUGAGCUGUUAUCUCAAGAAAAUCAAAGGAAGGAAGCUUGUGAAUCAAGAAAUCAAAGUGUGAACCAAGAUAUCGUAAAGCCAAAAAAAGCAAAAGAAGCAGAAAGUGCAGAUCAGUGCACUUAUAAGAAAGAAAGAACUGAAGCAGCUGCAGCCAUAGAAGAUCAAAUGGCUAAGCCAAGGUUUCCAACAACUCAACAAUUUGAGGUUGAAGAAUGUACAUUACAAGAAGACUGCAAAAAGAAACAUGAACCAUCUCCAAAAUCACAAAAGGAAUAUCAUACAAAUGAUUUGCGAAAUUCAAUCGGAAGGAAGGAGCAAGAAUCCAAGCAUAGGGAAGUUUUGAAGCCAGAAGUUCCUCUAGAAGAACUCCUAAAGAAAAGCGAGCAGGAGACUAGAAAAGACGAAUUUCAAAAGGGAGAAAAAAAUGAGGAGAUAAUGCAAGAAAUUGAGCAAUCCAAAAGUAAAUUUGAUGACAAAGAUCAACAAGAUGUUUGCAAAGGAAUUGGAGCAGCAGAGAUCAUAGGGAGAAAGAUGCCCGAAGCCAAAGAACAAUAUGCAUCAAGCUCAACAACUGGAAGGAAGGAAACCGAAAAAGAUUUGGAAGCAACACAUGAAACAGAGAAAUGCUUGGUUCAAAACCUUGAAGAUAAGAAGCUUGGGAACAGGGAAGAAAUUAAAAAGACCAUUUCUGAAGAAAAUGAUGAAGUUAAAUAUGCCAAAGAGUUAAGAAAAAGAACACAAGUGAAGGAGCAUCAGAGAAAAUCAGAAACUGCUGAGAAUGAAGCAGAACCUCCCAAAUUGAAAGAGCAAAUUAUUGAAUGGAAAUCACCAAAAAUAAAAGAGUAUGUGCAAGAAUCAACAACAGGCAAAAAGCAACAUGACUAUGGCACAGAAGGCACAACAUUAAGUCAGCAAUCCACAGGUGAAGAAGACAGAACACCAGAAAAUGCUAUUGAUGAAUUACUAAAGAAAAACACUGACACAACCUACAGAAAGUCAGUUGAGUUGGUGGAUCCCUCGGAAGAUGAACGAGUUGAAUCUUUUCAAGCACAUAUCCCAGAAAAUCAAGGCUUCGAAGAUAAUCAGGAGGGAACCAAAUGUCCCAAGAUUUCCACCGGCAACCCUGAUAAGAAAGGAUAUCAAAUAACAAAGGAUAUAGAUGAAGAGUUGCUGAGGAAACAAGACUUAUCAGAAAAAAUUGUUCAUGAAGAAAGGGGAGUGCAAAAUUUUGAAAAGAGAGGAGAACCUGAAGAGGAUCCCAAACAACUUCGCAAAAGAGAGAAGGUAAAACCAAUUCAAACUGCUAUAGAUAAGAAGCCAAUAAUAAUGGACAUAACCCCAGAGUUUGAGAAGGUCAACGGAUUCAAACAAGUUGCAGAAACAAUGCAGAAACCUCCAACAAAAAUUGAAAUGAUUUCAAAGAAAGGAAUGGAUAAACCACAAAGAGAUGAAACACCACCUCUGGCAAAGGAAAUCAAAAGAAAAGAGCCUCCUGAAUUAUUAUGGUCAAGCAUGGGCCCUGAGAACUCUCAGGUUAAAGAAGACACAACAGAUGAAGGUCACGAAGAGUGUGACAUAAUAGAGGUAGAGAAGCAAAGAGAAUGUGAAGAGAAAGAUGUAAGUGGAGGAAACAAUGACAAAACAAAAAGGACAAAGAAACUAUUCGUUCCUUUGUUCAUAGCAGGAUCAGCCCUUCUUGUGUCUUUGGUAUUUAUGUUUGUGCAUCGCAGAAGAACUAAAAGAAGGUAA